AUGUCGGUAUUAAACAAUAUCAGCAACAGUACAGUUCUAGGUGAAGGAGAUGAACCUGAAUCCUACUAUGUCAUCUUGGCUAUCCUGGGUACACUUGGAGUUCUUUUUAAUGGAGUUUUACUGAUUGUCUUAUGGAGAAACAAGACGCCAGAAUUCCGAGUAGGAACAAGUUAUGUAAUUGGGAAUCUCGCCUUGGCUGACUGCCUUACGGGUAAGACUACUAUACUUCGCAGAGAGCGGCACAUUCUCGUACCCAGAGUCCUUCUUACGCGCGGUGCGACGAGGGGCUCUGGCCAAAUCCAUAUUCCGAACUGGCAUCUGAUUGGCUAGUUCUAACAGCGGAUAUUGUUUUCUUACCAUGUUUUUAUAGUAUCCGGUUAUGGAUUUGGCCAGAGCCCCUCGUCGCACCGCGCGUAAGAAGGGCUCUGGGUACGAGAGCGGCACUGGCUGCACGUUUGAUUCCUGCCAGAAUUAGGUCUAAUAAAUGUUUUCAAAAUUCACACCCAAGAUUUCCAUUCUUAAACCCACCUACAUUUAGUUAUAUCGAGUGUAGAUGCCCCAAAUCCUGAUAUCUUAUGUUCACAAUCUGGUUUUAUCAUAAAGAAUCUUGAACUAACAUGUUAACAAUGUGGUCUUCAAAAGGUUAGUCUUCAUAAGGAAUUAUUUGUCAUUCUUGAUAUUUUUCAGGUAUUUCAGUGCUGCUCUUAGUCACUCGUAAUGAUACCAUAUUCAAAUUUCAAAUACCAAUGGUCUGGACAACUAUUGAAGCAUCGUUAAUGAGUUUAAUGUUCCUGUCUCUUGAGAGAAUGCUAAUUUUCCAUUAUCCUUUUGCGUCCAAGACAAUUGUGACUGUAAACGUACAAUUAUUGUUAUAUCUUUAA